GCAGCCGGGCCGCCGCUUCGCUUGCGCCUAUUCGGGCGUCCGCACGCAGCCGCGGGCGCAGGGCCGAGCUCGGGAGCCCGGGCCCGAGGAAACUGGAGCCCGAGGAGAACUGAAGAGGGACGCGGCCUACGUCCUCAGUGCGGGAGAGCAGGACGGGGCAGACAUGGAAGUGAAACGUCUGGAAGAAGCAGAAAAAGGUUGACCAUUGCUACUUGAGUAGGACUGAAUGAAUAGGGGUGAAGGGAGUGGUGAGGACACUGCUGCCACCCGCCUGUGGCACGAUGAGUCUGGAAGAUGUCCAAUAUGUCUCGGUUGCCUGUCGGAGAAGGAGGUUGGCUUUCCGGAAAGCUGCAGUCAUGUCUUCUGUGUGAGCUGUAUUCUGAAAUGGGCAGAGACUCUGGCUUCGUGUCCUAUUGACCGAAAACCGUUUCAGGCGGUGUUGAAGUUCAGCACAUCGGAAGGCUGCGUUAAGAUUCAGGUAAAAAAACAGCGGAGAGAAACAAAAGACAAGAAAAAUGAAGGCUUUUUAAAGGAACAGCUUUCCUGUUAUGAAAGUUGUGAAAGUUCUAUAAGGGGAGGAAUCUCUGGAAAGGAAGGUGUCCUGACUGCAGGAGAUCAUGGCUUGAGUGUGACACACGGAGCCUCUCCACACGGUGACGCAGGAGCCAAGAAGCCUGUGCGGGCAAAGCUGCGACGAACAGGUCAGUGUGGAAGUUUCCGGAAUUGUGUCUCCGGUGUCUUCUCUUGGGAUGGUCGCAUUGCAGAGGCUCCUCUUACCCACCUGGCCUGCUGUACAGAAUUGAUAGAAGUCAGCGAAGUCAGUGAAGUGAUAAGGCACAAGAGACGAGAGCUGGGGCUGUCGUGGUUUCCUGAUGCAGUCCUUGGAACUGGAAGAAUUGGCUUUACACCUUGGAGUACUGAGACAGGAACCCUUCCUGUCAUUUCCUCCUUAUUGCCAAGAGCUGUGCUUCCAGCACGUCCCACUUCUUUUGAAAAUUUUGAUUUUUCUUGCAAAGGAUAUGCGUUAGCGCAGACCCAGGAAGGAGAAGAAAAGAAGCAAGCUUCCGGUGCGGCGACCACGAGAGGGUCGAGACGGAGGUCUGCAGGAGCGACGCCCACGAGGAGGUCUACACGGAACACUCGCGUGGACACAGUCAGCUCCUCCCAGAAGUCUCCUGUGUCCAGUGGCUCUGGCUGCGAUGCCCCAGGCGGCAGUGAUCCUCCCGUCAGGGCGUCCCCUGCAGCCGAGUCUGAAAAGCCAGCGAGGCAGGCUGCAAAACGGAAGCCCGUCAGGAGGGCACGGAAGGCUCCUCUUUUGAAGAAGAAGCUUCGGAGCUCUGCCCCUCCUCCUGAAGAACCAGCUUCGGGGGACUCAGUGGAUGAAGAAACAGCAGAGCCAGCUGUACCACCUGUGCCGGAGAGAGAAGCCCCGUCCGAUGCGGAGGCGAGUGCCAGUGCUGAGCAGGCACAGGCAGACGGCCAGGCUGCUGAAGGCUUGAAAAGCCCCAGGGAGCCAGUGGAGGGCUGCGAGGACCGUGCCGAGCACUGUGACGCCCAGGAGCAGGCAGAGUGUGCACAGGCAGACGGCCAGGCUGCUGAAGGCUUGAAAAGCCCCAGGGAGCCAGUGGAGGGCUGCGAGGAACGUGCCGAGCACUGUGACGCCCAGGAGCAGGCAGAGUGUGCACAGGCAGACGGCCAGGCUGCUGAAGGCUUGAAAAGCCCCAGGGAGCCAGUGGAGGGCUGCGAGGACCGUGCCGAGCCCUGUGACGCCCAGGAGCAGGCAGAGUGUGCACAGGCCACAGCAUGUGCAGCAGAUCCUGGGGAGGACCUGAUGACACCUGCCCGAGGAGGUGAAGAGGCUGCCGUUGAGUGUUCAGAAAGUGGGAUGUCUCCCUGUCCAGUUGCGGAAGGAGACGAUGCACUGGAAAGUCAAGAGCUGGCAACUGCACCAUCUGCCACUCGGCCCGAAGACGGCUGUGCGCCCUCGCAGGUUCCAGGGGAAGGCCAGCAGCCCGUGUCUGCUCCUGAGGACACAGGGCUACCGAGUGCUUUGCUGAGUGCUGUUGAUCGGGAGGACCCCCCAGGGAAACCAGAAGAGCUGGAGAAGCCUGUGGGAGUGUCUGCAGAGGAAGAAGUCACACAGGCAGGGGACCCAGAGUCUGGCGAGAGCCUGGGGGGUCCCUUGGUGGCGCGCACAGAAAGUGGAGAUGCCGGAAUAACCUCAGCCGAUGAUGCGCCAGAGAGCGAAGGUUCUCGUACUAUGCAGGAGUCUGAGAAUUCGUUACAGAAUCAUCCUAAUGCUGAACUGGACACGUCUUCAAAAGAAAAGGCUGAGCCUGUGGCUGAGGCUCCGCCACGUGUGCAGCCGCCUGCCAUGGGCGGGGAGGAGACCAACGAGGUGGUGCCCCGGGGCUGUGACUUGCUUUGCAGUGACCGCACUGAGUCUGAAACUGAGCCUUCGAUAGAUGUUGAUCAUAAGCAGCUGAGUGAGGAAUGUGUGGCACACGGUUCUGGAAAUGACCUGCCACCUUCUGAUGCUGCCAGUGACAAGGCUGACAGAGUGUCUCAGCCGGCCGGGAGCCCUGUAGAGGCAGCAGCGAAGGCCAGAAAAGCCCGUGCUCGUAGGUCCAGGUUCCAUUCCCCAUCCACCACGUGGUCUCCCAGCAGAGAUACUGCCCAAGAAAAGAAACGCGUGCAGUCCCCUUCUCCCAAGAGAGAAACGGAGAGAGAGGACAGGGCGUGUCCGUCACUGUCUCCUCAGAAAGAGUCUGCCAGGGGGCGUAGGAAAUCUCGCUCUCACUCCCCAGAAAAGGGUGUGUCCAGAGAAAGACGGCACUCUCCGUCUCCAAAGACAGAGAGUGCUCGGGAAGGCAAGAGGCCUGGCUCCGCGUCCCCGUCCCCGAGAAGGGAUCCUUGCAGGGAGAGCGGGCGCUCUCGGUCCAAAGGGAAAGACUCCUCCUCCAGGGAGAAGUCCAGGUCCCGCAGCAGGGAGAGAGAAAGAGGCAGCAGAAGGUGGUCCAGAUCCCGUUCGCGGUCGCCGUCAAGAUCCAGAACAAAGAGGAAGGGCUCCUUGUCCGGGAGGAACGACAGACACGGCUACUCUCCCCGGUGGAAAGACAGGUGGGCCGGUGAUGGCUGGCGAUGCCCACGAGGCAGUGGUCGGUACAGAAAGGACGAUCCCGAGAAGCAGAGAGAAAAUAUGAGGAAAGAAAGAAACGAGCUCAACCCAGGAGUUGAUGAUCCAAGUUGUCCUGUCAAAGUUAGGAAUGACCCCAGCUGGGUGACAGAAAAAAUAAACUCUAGGCCUGAUCCUAGGACCAGACACCCAGAGAAGUCACAGGAGUUUCACUGGGAAGAGAGUAGGAGUGAAAAUUCUGGGAGUUCAUGGAACAGAAACUUUGGUUCCGGUUGGAUGUGUAACCGGGGAAGGGGCCACCGGGGCAGAGGCACUCACCGAGGCCAUUUUGCUCACACAGAUCAGAGUGAAAACAGGUGGCAGAGUCGGAAGCCCCUCUCAGGGAGUUCAAACAGUUCAGGGGACGAGUCUUUCAGAUUUGCAGAUCAGCAGUCCUAUAAGCGGAAAAGCGAGCCGGAGUUCUCAUUUGACACACCGGCAGACAGGUCCGGAUGGACGUCCGCGUCCAGCUGGGCCGUGCGGAAGACACUGCCCGCAGAUGUUCAGAACUAUUACUCCCGGCGUGGGAGGAGUGCCUCGGGCUCGCAGUCGACAUGGAUACGACAGGAGGAGGGAACAGCAGACCAGGAUUGUAACCUCAAAGACCAAACAAGCCAGCAAGUGGAUGGUUCCCAGCUGCCGCUGACCACGCUGCAGCCGCCCCUGCAGCCGCCCCUGCAGCCGCCCAUGAGCAUGGUGCAGCCCCAGCCUGUGAACAUGUACCCCUACCCUGUGGGGGUCCCGGCUCCUCUGCUGGGCAUGCAGCGCGGCCCCUUCCCCAUGCACCCACAGCUGCCGGUGCACAUGCAUGCCGGGGUUCCUCUGCUGCAGGUGGCCACUCCUGCCGUUGCAUCUCAGGGACCACCCCCGCCCCCGCCCCCGCCCCCGCCGGCUCAGCAGGUCAGCUACGCGGCUCCCCAGCCCGAGGGGAAGCAGCUGCAGGCUCUUCCCAGUGCGUCUCACGGAAGCACCAACAUGGGCGCAGCCGUGCUGCCUGCCCCGCCAGCAGCCCCAGGAAACGUGGGGACGGGCCCGGGCCCGGGUGCUGGUAACACCCCGUCGUCUGGCCACGGCAGGGCCUCUAACGCCGCUGGGAGACUGGCAGACAGCAAAGGAGGUGGCACGGUGGAAGCCAGCGCAGACAGCUCCAAGACAGACAAGAAAUUACAAAUUCAAGAAAAAGCUGCACAGGAGGUAAAAUUGGCCAUUAAGCCAUUUUACCAAAAUAAAGAUAUCACGAAGGAAGAGUAUAAGGAAAUUGUCCGGAAAGCAGUGGAUAAAGUGUGUCAUAGCAAGAGUGGAGAAGUAAAUUCUACAAAAGUGGCAAAUCUGGUAAAAGCCUAUGUAGACAAAUACAAGUAUUCACGGAAGGGGAGCCAGAAGCAGACGCUGGAAGAAGCUGUGUCCGCCGAGAAGCACGUGGGCUGAGGGACGCUCAGUCGGACGGCUCAGACUUCUGCCAAGUGCAAUUUCAACUCGUACCGCUGGCUGGGAAUCAGACGUGCUGUGAUUGACAUUUGGUUUUGAUAAAAUUAUUUUUUUUAAUGUAGGAGAUCAUGAUUUCUUCUAAAUAAAUACAGUUCUACACUGCAA